AUGAGUAACCCACCACAUAAAUCGAAUUUAUCGGCACGCGCGCCUAUGCCAGCCUUCGGCACCUUCGGCUUGCACCAGGCAUCGGCUUCACUUCUACUAGAGAAAAGCCACCCUGGGUUGCGGCGCUCAACACCCGACUCAGAGGCUCUCGCUUCAUCCGACGACGAGGUCGAACAUGCCAAGGGGUCCGCCACUGGCAACGUUAAGGGGAACAGACAUGGACGAAGAACCUCUUGGCUCAACGAUGUCACAUCCUCAAAUUCUAAUCGAAAGCCCUCCAUGACAGGUCUGUACAGUCCCUCCACAUCUCAUCCGGGUACCCCUGGCACUGAACAGGCACCAUGGUUGGGUACAAACAUGAACAACCCAGGCGCUACGACAUGGCACAACCCAGGAGCAGCUCCUUAUGCUUGGCCAAACAUUUGGAGUCAAGAUGCUCGGAAAGACCCGCCCACAAGGCUUCAGGAGGUGGUGCCUACCAAUGGCGAAGGAAUACCGUUCUCUAUUCCGUUGCAGCCCACGCCUAAGACAUAUCGUUCGCAGUCGUAUUCGGUGGGUCAGCUUGACAUGACCGCUGCUCCAGGCCCUGCAAACCCAGUAGCCACAUCAGGCGAACCGACCAGAAGUAGACCUGCUGGUAACUAUCCGUCCUUGCAAAGACGAACGUCCAGAACAAGUGGGAUAGGUGGGUUGGACUCUGUCGGUCUUGGCCGACUUCGUGAGGUGGACGACGAUGAGGAAGAAGCUCGUAACCCCGAGAGACCCAGUGCCGUUGCGACCGAGCAAGCCCGUAUGAUUGAGCGGCUUGAGAAAGAGAAUGCUCAACUUCGACAGGCUGCACAAAGUCGGGACAGAACCAUGUCAGGCACCUCCGCGACAACUCAACCACCACCAGGUUUCAGAAAUACCCGUUUGACAAGAGCUGUGCCGGAAGAAGCCGAGACAGCUAUUGAUGACCAGGACGAAGUCGCCUUCAUGGGUAGAAACGGGGUCCACCAACACCCUGUCCGACGAAUGAGUGAGCAAGCUGCGGGAUUUGUUGACCGACCAGAGCCUCCCGGGAUAGAAAACCGAAGCCUGGAGGGGAUGAGAAAAGCCCACUGGCAAACCUCGCUCGGAUUUGGCCCCAUACCAGAAGCACCCCAGAGUCGACGACACUCUUUCGCUGAUGUGCCAACGCGGCACGGAUCUAUCAGCUCGAGUGGUGAGAAACAUUCAAACGUUCGUUUUUGCUCCCUAUAUCAUGAACUGAUUUUCUCAGUAGGCGAUAACGAUGUGAGGGCGUAUGGAAAUGGAUCCCAAACCAUUUCCCAAGGCGAUGAUCGUGAGUUGAAACCUUGCUGUCUUGUUCGAGUCGUCCACUGUUCGACACGCCUGCAAAGAGCCAAAUACUUCCAUUCCAACGAAUCCCAACGCCGUUUAGCAGAUGCCCGUGUCCAUCAAUCACAUCAGAAUUAUGGACAACAUCUCGGUAUGGGCCAAUUUGGCGAACCAUUUAUGCAACCGCUCUUCAUCGUCAACUUCAAGUGUUGCCGGUCAGAUGUCUUUUACAUCCAAGAAGGAACAGGUCUUCAUGUCAAUGUCGGCGACCUUGUCAUUGUCGAAGCAGAUCGAGGUACUGACUUAGGUACUGUCCAACAUACCAAUAUCUCAUGGGAAGAUGCCCGACGCUACAAAGAAUACUAUGCUGAGGAACACUACAAGUGGUUGAUGAUGUUUUCUUUGCAAAGUCGUAACGGGGGUCCCAACGUCGUCAAUCCAAAUGGUUUGAACGGCCGUCCUGGGAGCGCAGUCGGUGGCAUGGGACCUCAGGGUCCUCAUGGUCCUCAUGAUGGGACGCAUCCAGAACUCAAACCGAAACUAAUCAAACGUCUCGCGCAAACUCAUGAGAUUCAGGCAUUGAAAGAGAAAGAGGGCAACGAAGCCAAAGCGAAGCGCAUCUGUCAGCAGAAGGUUAUGGAGCAUCGAUUGAACAUGGAGAUUCUCGAUGCGGAAUUCCAAAUGUUAGUUCCUCAUCAUUCGCCGAGGACGAAGGUGACUAAUCUGUUGUUCAGGGAUAGCAAGAAACUUACCUUCUACUAUUUUGCCGACAGCUAUAUCAAUUUCAACCACCUGGUCACUGACCUCUUCAAGAUCUACAAAACCCGAAUCUGGAUGUCCGCUAUCAAUCCUGCCUCGUUCCAAACCCCUACCGCUUCUCUUGGUAUAACGCCAGUAUACAAUGCAACGCCGGGUGACGAGCGACAAAGGAGACGACCGCAACAACCACAGCAGACUCAAGGACCUGGGCCCCAGCAAAUCACGACUCCUUUUGGAGACACGUUUGAGAUUGAUCGAAACUUCAACAAUCAGUCCCAAGCAAUGCGGAACCCAUACUACAACCAAUAUCAAGAUGUGGGUGCCGACCCAGCAGGUCUGCAACAGGGCGCAGCAUCUUAUGCACCAACGAUGCCGGGUCAGAUGGACCCUUUCAUGUCCUUCUAUGGUCAAGCAUAUCCUGCAGCCCUUAAUCCAAGUGCUCCAAAUUUCGCCACCAGUCGGCCCGACUAUAGGAGUCGAAACGGCAAUCGGCAAGAUUGGAUGGGGCAAUUUCAAGGUCUUUCCCUUGGGUCCUAG